AUGUCGUCGUCUUCUCCAAGUGAAAGCGGUGGCGAUUUGACUGAGCGAAGAGGUAUUCCUGCCGCCAAAUUCAUCCAAGAUGUCGAGACUUAUCUCUCUCAGUCCGGCCUCGAUUCCAACUCCGCUCUCGCCUUCCAUCAAGAAAGGCUCCAGCAAUACAAAGUUGUUGAUAUGAAGCUUCUUGCUCAGCAAAGGGAUCUUCAGGCUAAAAUCCCAGAUAUUGAGAAGUGCUUGGAGGUUGUUGCCACUCUGCAAGCAAGGAAGGGUACUGGUGAGUCGCUUUUAGCCGAUUUUGAAGUCUCUGAAGGAAUAUAUUCACGGGCCUGUAUUGAAGACACAGACUCGGUGUGUUUGUGGUUGGGAGCAAAUGUCAUGCUGGAAUAUUCCUGUGAAGAGGCUACAGCUCUUCUGAAAAACAAUCUGGAAAAUGCUAAAGCCAGCCUGGAGGUUCUUGUUGGUGAUUUACAGUUCUUGAGGGAUCAAGUCACAGUUACUCAGGUAACUAUUGCACGUAUUUAUAACUGGGAUGUUCAUCAGAGGAGGGUUAAACAAGUUGCCCCUACUGCUAUUACUGCUGGAGACUCAUGA